CCAGUUGUAAACUAUGGCGAUUAUAGCCAAGAUGGUAGAUGUAUGGUGUAGUUUCCUAAAUACCGCAUAUUCUGUAACUCCUGAGAGUCAAAGGUGGUGAACCUGGAAUGUAAAAAGUCGGUGACAUCCACAAGUAAAGCAUGAAGGCUGUUAUUCUGGCUGCUGGUUAUGGGACAAGGCUGCAGAGAGACCUGAAAAAUGAUCCCACUGGAAGAUUCAAGUUCCUUAUUGGGACCCCUAAACCGUUGCUUCCAGUAGGACACUCCGCUCUCAUUUCACACUGGAUUACAGCUCUAGAAAACACUGUCUGCAUUGAUGGCAUCUUUGUGGUUACAAAUGACUUGUACUAUCAAAUCUUUGAGCAAUGGGCAAAGCAGUUCACAGUUGUCAAAAUUAUAAAUGAUGGGACACGGAGCAAUGAGGAUCGUUUAGGGGCCAUUGCCUGUCUUCAGCUUGCCGUAGAUCAUUUUCAAAUAGAAGAUCACAUAUUGGUCAUCGGAGGUGACACUUUGUUCAAAGAAGAUUUCAGUCUCUCAGACUUUAUAGAUAGCUUUUUACAUCUACAAUCCACAUGUGAUGAAAGCAAUCUGGUGUUGUCAUGCCUGUGUAAAGAUAAAGAAACUACAAAGUAUGGGAUUCUGGAAGUUGAUGACGAUUUGAGGGUCUGUGCCAUGAAAGAAAAACCGUCUCCUGAUGAAACAACAUCUCGUAGAGCAUGCCCUUGUUUUUAUUUAUUCUCAAAGAAUUCUGUCCCUCUUGUAAAGAUGUUUCUUGAAGAAAAGGAGAAUGCACCAAUAGAAGUGAAGGAUGCUCCAGGAAAUUUCUUAUCUUGGCUUAUAUCUAGGAAACCAGUUUACAUUCACCAGAUUUCUGGCCGCUUCGAUGUUGGAAAUUUGUCAUCAUAUAUAGAAUGUGACCGCUAUUUCCAUGGAAAGUUGAAGGAUGUGAACAAUUAUCUUAAGUAGUAUUGCCAAGUAUUAAUAAAACUAUUAAAUUGUGGAAAGCUCUGAAAAAGUGCACCCACAACUGAAUACCUGUAGUGCCCCAUUUAAGAAAGCUGUAAUCUUGAAAGACAGUUUCUUAGUAUCAAUUCUAGAACCAUGCUUACUGUAAAAUAUUACUGGUUUAAAAAUAACCACUUGGAAAGCCUAGCAAAAGUAUGUAUUUGCAUCUUCUUGAACUAAGUAACAUGCAUCAUCCUUAAAAUUAUAAUUACUAUCCUUCUACUGUUCUGUAUUACUUGUUAAACAUGCAUCUUUUUUAAUAUAUACUUCAUUUUUUAACUGUUGUAUUAUUUUAGAAACCUCAUUCUUAGCUAUUGAUUUUUAAUAGAAUAACUAUGUAAGAUGCCCAAAUAUGCUGCUGGAUGAAGAAAGAAACCCGAGUAUUCUAGUGGGACCAAAGAAAUGAGGAAAGCACUUUACUUAUAAUAAAAUGUAUUUUAAUAGCAGGUUGCUACAAAAAAAGAAACA